AUAUCAACAAGACUUCAAAACUCCACGAGAACACCACUUCAGAUGAUGACACUUUCAAUAUGACCUUUGAAUCUUCAAGUGACAAGUUUCUGCAGCCGCCGAGCGGCGAAGAAUAUCAACCAGAAUUCCGCGCUCCUUCAGCUUAUACACCUCUCCACACCUUCCAAUUACCCAAAGCCGAUUCGCGAAAGUAUCAACAACAAUAUGGCGAUCUGUAUUUCUUACGCUUGGCCAAGCUGAAGCCGGCCGCAGAGAAAGUUGGACGGGAGGCAUGGGAUGGAUUCACAGUAGGCAAUUCCAACGCGGGCAAAGAUUCGACGGUCAGAUUAUUCACAAUCAGCAGAUUGCCGGAGAGAAGGCACGGAAAGUGGAUAGAGUGCUGGAUGUGCGACAGGGAGCGUUGUGUUGGGUAACUGGUACAGUCUAUAUGGACCUACCGCUAAAACCUAACAUUCUCGACGAUGUUGCAAAGGACAACUAUGCCGCUGCACCCCCUCCCCGAACGACUUAUAUCGAUCCCUUGAAUCCAGACAAAACGCAAGUGAUGCUAGAAGAUGAAUCAGGUCGUCUCAGAAUGACAGGCACUAUGCUUCGAACGACACAUUUGGUGACUGGUGUUAUUAUCGCAGUGUUAGGCACCGAGAACUCGAAUGGCGAUUUCGAAGUCAUUGAUAUUAAAGUCCCCGAUUUCCCAGUACAACCGCCGAGAUGGGAACUGGCAUCCACAGACAAAACAGAGAGCACGAUAAAACGAGUCGAGAACACAACCGGUAAAUCAUCGAAGAUAGCAUUCAUUAGCGGAUUGGGAAUUACAGGUUCAUCAAGCGAUACUCUAGCAUUGGAGUUAUUGACAGACUAUCUGUUAGGGUAUACAGGACCUGGUGGUGAAGAUGAAUCUCCUGCAAGGAUAUCUCGAUUGAUCAUUGCGGGCAACUCGUUGGGUAAUCUGGAAACUGCAACUGCUGCUGCUGCUAUGAACGGAGACGGAACUGCUAAGAAGAAGGUGCCAAAGAAAUACGGUUAUGAUGCAUCAUCCUAUAAUGCUUCGCCUAUUACACAACUUGACAAUUUUCUUUCGGAACUACUACCAAGUUUACCCGUGACAUUGAUGCCGGGUGAAAAUGAUCCUGCAAAUUUCUCGUUACCGCAACAAGGAAUCCAUCGAGCAAUGUUGCCUCGGGCGAAAGCAUACUCUUCUGACGGCCUACCAGGAGACACAAGCGUCGAACCCGGCUGGUUCGACAACGUCACGAAUCCGUGGGAAGGUUAUGUUGAUGGCUGGCGAUUCUGGGGAUGCAGCGGUCAAAAUGUCGAUGAUGUCCUUCGAUAUUUAGACUUUGCAGAUGAGGAUGGGAAUGCAACAAACAGUGAUGGCGACGGGGAGACCAGUGUACAGAUUAUGGAAGCCAUGCUUCGAUGGAGAUGUGCAGUUCCGACAGCUCCUGACACUCUAUGGUGCUAUCCCUUCCAAACACAUGACCCAUUCAUCCUCCAAGCCUGCCCCCAUCUCUUCUUCAUAGGAAACCAGUCUCACUUCAAAACUGUCGUUGUGGUAAGCGAGCCAGCUUUUCGAUUAGAUGGUCCAGAUACAGAGAUGAGCAAUUCUGCAGAUGAGCCUCUAGCCACGCAUGUACGCUUGGUUUCGAUACCCAAGUUCCAUGAGACGGGAGAGUUGAUUCUGGUGGAUUCGGAGACGUUGGAAGUGGACGUAGUAAAAUUCCAGAUAUUUUCGGGGAAAGAGGAGUCAAAAUGA